AUGGUUGUGGAACACAAAGGUUUUCGUGGUAGAUGGAACAGCAGUGCCGCUGCCGUGUCUGCCAGUGACUUGCAAGACGUUGACAGCGUGGGCCCUAGUACAGACCCUGAUUGCAGUUGGGAACAUGUUGAGUUACCUGACACGGAAAACUUGUUUGGCAAUUUUGACAACACUGACACUUUGGAUUCAUCGCUUGAAGCCUUGGACAGUCAUGAUGUUUUGCCUUUACAGGAGCCACGUUUUAUGCACCCGAAGCCUAAGUCUGUUGCAAACAAACCUGAAUCUUUGUCAGCUGAGAGCUUAGCGGUCAAGCGCACUGCAGAUGAGUUGGCAUCGAGACAUGUCCAUAAGUUGACUUCGGACUUGAAACAGCCCUGGCAGAAGGAUUCAGAGUUGUCUCAGGUUUUCAUGGAUGUUUUCUCACCGAAGGCCACAGGAACAAUUCUGAAGAGGCCCCACAACACCUUCACAAUUUGUAGAAGCCUUGAGGUUUGCAGAUGUUUUGAUUGGGUUCAUAGCUACAUCAUUGACAGACAUGCUCAGCCCAAGGGUGCCAUGACUUCCAAGCACAAGUCAUCGCGUGGAAAGGAGCAACAAAUGGAGCUUCUGCCAUUUACUGCGCUGGGCCAUGUUACAGUUGAGGACUCAUGGGGGGACAGCUGGAUGAAGUCACGUGAUGCAGCUGAUGUUGGAUCUUGGAAUUACUUCCUGAAUUCCUGGUCGGAGAGUGAUCACACUUGGAUAGAUUCCCGCAUGUCCACAGCAGAGGCAACUGGUUGGCUUCGUGAACUGUUGGAGCCCCAUGUUGGAAGCGACAGAGCCUCUUCCCUGACAGUGCAUGGAUUGAAGGCUACCUUGUUAAGCUGGGCGGCCAAAAGUACCCUUUUUACUGCGGAUGAGCAAUUGGCAUUGGGGCAUCACGUCAACGCCCAAUACAGGUCUGCCAUGAUCUACUCACGGGACAACCAGAUUGGCUUGUGCAAAAAGGUUCACGCCAUGUUUACACGCAUCAGGGAAGGCACCUUUGACCCCGAUGCGACCAGGGUCAGCCGCUUGUUUCAGCUGGCUUUUGAGACAGCUCUGGAAAGAGAUGGUGGCAGCAGUGACAGCAGCUCCAGCGAUUCAGAGGACGCAUCCUCAGUGGCUUCAUCAAAUGGAGAGCACUCCAGCUUGGGUCAAAAGACCACGUACAUGCGCUUGGAGGCUGAUGACAUUGAAGCAGACCAAUGUUUGAUUAACAAAAGCUCAAAGGUGAUUCACCUGCUUGCCGGAGAGGAGAGACCUUUGAGUUUGCUUUUGGUUUUUGACCAUGCCAAUGGAAUGCAAUGUUGGCGCUUGAGGCGACUGUUUUUCGAAGCACAUGCGCUGUCUUUGGAGGACCUUAAAUCCAGGGCCGAUAGGCAUGACGAGGCCUUGCACUCCAAGAUUGACACCUCACUGGCGCUUGACAAUGCAGGUGGCUUGCGACUCAGCAAAAAGCAACGUCUUGACGAUGUGAAUGUGACAGGUGAACACAAACUGAGACAGGCGUUUUUGAGAAGGUCACUGGCUUAUGACUUGGCUGGUAUCGCCACUUUUGCUGUGCUGGACUUGUGGACGCAAAAACUUUUCGAAAAGAUGAAUGAAGCCCCACUGUCUAACUACAGGCACCUUAGUGUUGAGCAGGUGAUCAAUGCUGACAAGGCUUUGUGGGUCAAAGUAUCUAAUGAUACUCGUGGCCGGCUGCAGCCGAAGACCGGAGCAGAUAAGCCUUUUGAUGUUUCCUUCGAAAAAUUUGCGGAGCAUCCGGAAGUCUUGCAGCACUUGACACCGCUGCAAAGCGUUGGGGCUCACAAGCAAGACACGUCUUCAACGUUCACUGGUGGAAAAGGCAAAGGUGGAAAUCACAGUGAUGGAAAAGGAAAGUCAUCGAAGGGCAAAGGCAAGGUCAAUACUGGCAUUGCAGUACCGGAUGAUUGUGAGAUUUUUGUCGAUGGAAAACAGCUUUGCAAACGAUGGCAGGACGCCGUCGUACAAGUAGUUGGAACUUGCCCGACAAAGCUGGCCAAAGAGCGCUUGUCUACUGUUUUUCAUGUGAAGAAAUUGUCCAUAGACCUUAAGCUGCACGAGAAGGAACUCAAAGCAAGCUUGCACCCAGACGUUAGUCGAUGUGUCAAUAGCAAAAACAUACUGCUCUUUGAGAAGCUUCUGCAGCAACUGAACUACUGGGACAUGGACGUUGUCGACCUUUUGAAAUUUGGAGUUCCUUUGGUGGGAUUGCAAGAACCGCCGACCGGAUACCAGCGACUGUUGGUGCCAGCAAGCAUGACAGAAGAUGAACUGACGGCGUCGGCUAGAUGGCGCAGAACCAGCAUAAUGCAAACAGCCAGACAGCUUUCCAAGAGCGAGGAAGAUGCUUUGUUGGAGGCAACAGCCUCUGAAGUUGAGAAGGGCUUUUUGCAAGGCCCAUACUCCGAAGCUGAAAUGUCAGUCCUGAUGGGAACCGAAUGUUGGUCAUUGAACCCGCGCUUUGUCUUGUUUCAAGGGGCGAGCCAAAAGGUGAGGGUCAUAGAUGAUGCAAAGCAGAGCGCAGUCAACUCAGCGUAUUCAUCGACAGUGAAACUCUAA